CCGAGUUGAGGGUCUUACUUUGAUUAAAAAUAGUAGGAAACUGAGAGGCUGUAAGGAGCGCGAUUUUCCCUCCAUCCCUUUCUAUUGGGGGUUUGGUGAGGGUGACGGGACUUUGCCAUUUGCUGGCUCCCAGGGCUGCCGCUGCUUCUCUAGCGGAUGGUCCAAGAGCGAGGGGGGACGAAUGGUGAAGGCCCCGUCACUCGAUGUUUUGUCGGCUGUGCUGGUGUCUUUACUGCUCAUAUUGAACUAUCCUCCCGGUCGGGGGAUUCUCUGUCUUGUACCAUAAAGAAGGAAAGGCCGAACAGCCUAAUGUUGCUGUUUCUUUUGGUGUUGUGUAAAAUGUGGUGUUUUCCCUCGCGGCGGCACCUGUUCAUCGGGAGGAGAAACGCCACGCGCUUGGCCCAAGGACCGUUAGUUUUCAAAAUGGUGCACCCGUGCACUCCUGGUGAGGGUGUCCUCACUCGACAUGGACUGGGCCUAGAGCGGCAUUUAAAUUCCACCAACUGCGACGGUGAGACUCGAACAUUCCCUGGGCAAAAUGUGCAUAUGGAACAGAAGACUGCUACUACAAUAGAAAAAAUGAAACGGUGUCUGUUCUACCAGCUGAUGAUAUUUGAAAAUUACCACAAGGCCAUUAGCAAAGAGCUGGGGCCACUCGUUGAAUGGAUCAGAUUGAAUAUUCAGAACAUUACUUUUACAGAAGAUUUCUGCAAAAUUUAUGAAGUUGUCUUUGGUCAACUAAGUCAACUAUGCAAUUUAAGUAAAGAAUUAUACAAAAGUUUUCAAGAAACUAAAACAGGCAUCUUGUUUCAAGUAGGAAUUGUGGCAGCUGGACAACAGACUGCAACAAAGAAACCUUUUUCUUUCAGAGUUCCUGCAUUCAGUUCUACAAGUUAUAUUAAUGGUUUAGCUCCAGAAGAUUUUCCAACAGAUGUUAAACAAAAUCUAUGUGUACGUUUUCAUGAAGGACCUGGCAUCUGUAGUCCAAAGCUUGUUAUUUCCAAAACAAAUACUUCCCAAGUAGUUGAUGCGUCUUGUGAGGAAAUAAUAUCAGAAUCUAAGUUGCAAAAGGAAGACCAAUCAGUGAGGCAUUCCAGUGGUUGUUCCCCUUUUCUCAACAGACAGUUUUCAAAAGUGGACCAGCCUCCAGAAGAAAUUGGAACAUCAAAUCUAUGCAAUGAGCUUGUUGUAGAAACAGUAGAGGAGACAUUAUCUACUGAAAACUCAAGUUGCAUAAACUUGCACUUGAAGCAAGAAGAUCCAUGUAUCAUUUCUAACAAAAACAAGUCUACAACUGAAAAUCAAACUUAUGUCGUUCGAUCAGAAUGGGAAGUUUGGGACACUUUAGAAUUCCCUUUGUCAGUUAGGCCUGAAAAAGAACAGAUGUGUAAUGGACAAGUACCAGCCUCCACUCUUAAUAAAAUUUCACCUCCAGAACCCUUGAACCUGAAUGAUACUUGCAGCGACCCAAAUCCAACUGAACGAGAGGCAACCUCAAAAAGUUAUGCGGUUUCUUCAGAACAAUACAUGAGUUCAAAUUGUAUCUUGGAACCAUUAAGUAGGAGUUAUUUUUCAAAUUCACCUGUUGGAAGGAAUAUAAAACCAACUGAAACCAGUGAUAUACCAGAAUUCGAGUUUUGCCGGUGGCAGGAGAUAGAAAUAAGGGUCAGUUAUGCAAUUGAUCCACACUAUUUCUACAUACAGCACCUUGGUCAGGAGCUACCAGAACUGAUGAGACAAUUGAACAUUGAGUGCUCUAGGAACUCUGCAACGUUGAGUUCCAUCCCUGUGAUCAGCUCCUACGUGUGUGCUUGGCUCCCUGAAAGCAAGCAAUGGUAUCGGUCUCGUGUAAUCAGAAUUGUGGGAGAUACAACAACACGUGGUGAUUACCAACACCACCUACUGGAAGUGUUAUGUGUAGAUUAUGGAUUUUCUGCUUGCCUUUCAUUAAGUUAUUUAAAAUGUCUUCCUCCAACAUAUCGUGUCCUUCCCCAGCAAGCAUUGUGUGUCUCCUUAGCAAACGUUUCUCCAAUGUAUGGUGUGACCUGGUCCAGGUCAGAGAUAAACUGGUUCAAGAAGUCUGUGAAAAACAAAACAUUUUUUGCAAGACUUUAUCAAAAAUCAAAUAUUAUGACGGUGGCACUUUUCAGUGAAAGAGGGAAAAUAGGGCUAAUGAGAAGAGGAUCUCAGUUUUCCCAAAAGAUGGCAGCGGCUGGGCUUGCAAGACAUUCAGAAGGUAACUGUGCUUAUCUUAAAGCUUCAUCCAAAACUGGAGCAAGCAUUCCGCUGUACUGGAAACAACGCCUUGUGCAGUUACUGUCAGAACCAACUAACCUGAGAAAAUUGGAGAUGAACUGGCCUGUCUUCUACACUGUUCUAAUAGGAGUGAACAAGCACUCGACCGGGAUCGGACGGAUAUGGCUGUCUGUUCUGUUCAUUUUCAGGAUCAUGGUGCUGGUUGUGGCUGCAGAAAGUGUUUGGGGUGAUGAAAAGACUGGCUUCACUUGCAACACUCAACAGCCAGGUUGUAACAGUGUCUGUUAUGAUCAGUUUUUCCCCAUCUCCCACAUCAGGCUUUGGGCACUCCAGUUGAUCCUGGUGGCCACUCCCGCUCUCCUGGUGGCCAUGCACGUUGCCCAUAAGCAUCAUGUGGAAAAGAAGAUUUUCCGGAUCAAGCAGCUUACAGGAGAAGCUGGGGAAAUGGACAUAGAGAAGGUGACCAAGCGCAAAAUGCACAUCAUCGGGUCUCUCUGGUGGACCUACGUGAUCAGUAUUAUCUUCAGGGUCAUUUUCGAAGUUGCCUUCUUGUACAUCUUCUACUUGAUCUACCCGGGCUUCAGGAUGAUCCGCCUGGUCAAGUGCGAUGCAUUCCCUUGCCCCAACACAGUGGAUUGUUUUGUCUCCAGACCCACCGAGAAGACCAUCUUCACCAUCUUCAUGCUGGCAGUCUCUGGCGUCUGCGUGCUGCUGAAUAUAGCAGAGGUGGGCUACUUGAUCAUCAAGGCUUGUGUGAGACAGUGUCAGAAAAAAGAAACCAGAUCCAGUAAAAGUGCAUUUUACGGGCGUAAGUUUCCUCAGUUCAGACCAAAUGAAAUAAAUGAGUUACUGUCAAAUCAUGAACCUGCAUUUCUGAAAAACAGUAAAAUGAACGCUGUCCGGAAAAGUGCAUCAAACAAAGAUGUUUGUAGAACCGCCUGAAUUUUAAACACGACCUCCCUUGUGUAAGCAUUGUGAUUAAAAAAAACAUUUUUUUAUUAGCUUAAGCCCCUUGCUCCCACCACAUCUUCAUUCUGAUCGUUUUUGUCCCACUGUACUGAAUAUUAAAACCUCAUCAAUCUUGUUUGAACGCUUCUUUCCCAUUCUCGAGUGCCAGCGCCCUAUUUGUUCUAAAGCCAUUCAGCCUGUUCACGCUGCAGUAUUAAUGACAUUGCUGGACAGUCACUGUAGCAUGCAUCUCACUAGAAGAUGCUGCGUGUCUGGUUGCUGACAACUGUGUUGGAAUAAGUCUGCUGUGUAACAACCUUUGCUUCAAUUCUACAAUUAUUUCCCCACUACCCUCUAUUACUGUUCAUGAUUUAGGAUCACCCAUAAGGUACACUUUUCCAUUGGUUGGAUUGUAUAAAGUAUGCGAGCAGAUCCCAUAGAAUGCAUGUGAGAAAACAAAUGGUAACAAAAUGAGUCAUGACCCAGCAUAUUUGUAUUAUCUUAGGUAAAUGGCUAUUCUCUUGCAGUCUUACAAAUGAACUCUAGGUAUGUAGCCUUUAUACAUCUACAGUUAGAGUUGAACAGGUCUGAACUUUGGCUGAAGCUCUUCUUGCUGCAGCUAAAAAUAAUAGUAACUGCUCUAAAUGUUUGAGCAACUUCUGCCUGUUGUUAGACUUUACUUCCACCGAAGGCCAGUGUCAUCACUGGAGUUACACAACGAGCAGCCGCCUGCAGUAUCUCUCAAGGCUCUGCUAGUCUUCCACCAAAGAGAUAUCAGAAGAUCUUGUGGGAAUUCCAAUUCCAAAUGUUGAAAUCUUUAGGGAGAAUGGAAACCAGUCUGAUGAUUGCCUAACUGUGGGUAGGUUCAACAAUGCCCAGGAAUUCCGUGAGCAUUUAUGAACCUAGUUUUGACAUGUUGCUUCAGAGAUAAUGGGAACUGCAAAUGCUG